UUUUGAUAUUUUGAUUUCUGCGUACACUCGGUCGUUCGGCAUUUCAGUGAAAUUGAAAUGUUAAAGUAGUUUGGCCGAAUUGACACCUGCAAUAUUCAAUUAGUUGUAAAUAUGAUUUCGCGCAUUGCAAGGCAAUACGCUGUAGCGGCUGCAACUAAAAUUCCAACAACAAACAGUGUUCACAUCUUGAAUGGAAAAUGUUCGUUAGCUGCUGUUAACAAUAACAUCGUUACAAAUCUAAUUUCUAAUGUUUCCAGGCCAGAUUCUCAUACUGGAAAAUGUGAAACUCAAAAAAAACCAAGCAUAGGCAGCAGAUGCAUUAGUUUUUUAACCAAAUGCUCUAGUGGGUUUCAGUUGUCAAAAAAUGUUCAAAAUCACAAUGCACUAAAUAAUGUACCAUCUUCUGCUAUAGCUUUGUUUCAUACAACAUCACAACGAAGUGAUCUGAUGGAAUUUUUUGACGUAGAAAAGAAUUGGAAUAAGCAAAAAAUUCAAACUGGACGUUCAUGGCGAAAAGGUGAAUUAAGAAUUAAAAGCAAUGAAGACUUACAUAAAUUAUGGUAUGUUCUGUUAAAAGAACGUAACAUGCUUCUUACAAUGGAACAUGCAUGCAAGGAAGAAUAUGAAAUAUUUCCUAAUCCAGAACGAAUCGAUAAAGUUGCUGAGAGUAUGGAAAAUAUUGAAGCUGUUGUUCGUGAGAGAAAUGAAGCCUACCAUUUAUUAGAAAUUGGUGAAAGUGGAGAGAGGCCAGCUAAAUAUAUUUCUAAUGUUCUAGGAAUUAUCCAAACAUACAGAUAUUGUCAACACGUCAUACCUAGAUAUAUGAAUACUAGUUGGAAAAAGAAGCACAUGUUUUAUUACAAUGGUUAUGCAGUUAGGAAAUUCCAAAAUCUUUACAGAGAAAAAAUGUGGAACCAAAGAAGGAAAAUGCUUAACCGGGAAAAGAAUACUGCUAUUGCUCUGAUCAAGAAGUUCCCUAGUCUUAAUAUAGAGGCUUUGAAAAAACAAUAUCCAUCUGUUAAUGUUGAUCGAAUUUUGCAAUCCAACAAAUUGAAAUCAUUGAGAUUAGCAUCUCGAAGUAGAUAAAUGUAUUAUUCUUCUAACUACAAAUACAUGUAAUAAUUGUAAAAUAAUUAUUUAAUCUAUACAAUCAAAAAGUUUUAAUAAAUCUAUAAACCGAAA